GCGCGCAUUAAAUGUCAGCUGUUGAACACGACCUUGAGCGUAGUUCCCUCACACGGCGUAUGGUAGACAAGACGUAAGAACUGAUAACGACUUUAUUGUCCAUGUCCAAUCUGAGUGCGUGUUGGCGCAAUUCCGAAGUGAACAAAAUUAAUCCCACGACGUGUGCACUUGGUCCAUGACAGAUAGUUAAGCAGAAAACUAAUUUUUUUCGCUGCACCACAAGCGCUCGGUGACUGGUGAGAAAGCAUACGUCAAACAUCUACCAUUUCCCUGAAGUACACGUAAAUUUUCGGUCGUCUUUUUACAGAACACCUAAACCAUUUUCGGAAUAUACAAACUGACAGACAAAGUGUGCUCCUACACAAAAUGACAAAGAUUCAAGUAAUAGGCCUACUAAUUAUCAGUUUUGCUGCAAUGUGCACCACAAGUAACUCAAAGGAACAUGACUGGGAUGUACUUAUAUUUACUCAGCACUGGCCAGUAACUGUCUGUUUGCAGUGGAAAGAAAAGGAAGAGCAGCAUACUUGCAGUUUUCCAACAGUAAAGAACAUCUGGACCAUUCAUGGGAUAUGGCCAUCGAAGCUGGGCACGAGGGGUCCCCAGUACUGCAAUUCAAGUUUACACUUUGAUUUAAAUUCCUUACAACCCAUCAGGCAGAAGCUGGAUCAGUACUGGAUCAAUGUCUAUAAUGGAACGGAAUCUGCAUUGUGGAAGCAUGAGUGGCAGAGGCAUGGUACUUGUGCUGCAAGUCUUCCAGACCUUAAUUCAGAGCUUAAGUACUUCAGCAAGGGUCUGGAAUGGUUGGAAGCAUAUGGAAUGGAUCACAUAUUGCCCAAAGCUGGCAUCAAAAUGGAUUAUGCUGAAGGAUUCUCUGCUCAGGAGUUCUCUGAUGCUGUCGUGAGUGUCCUUGGAGUUGACCCUGAUAUUCAAUGUAUAGAAGACAAGGGCAAUGCUUACCUUUUUGAAAUUAGGAUCUGCUUUAACAAAACGCUGGAGCUUGUAGACUGUGAUGGCAUUAAAAUGAAGACAUCUAUGGAUAGCCUCAUAACAAAUUGCCCACACGAUAAACCAAUUUUUUAUCCUAGUAAGCUGCCAUCACUGCCAGAAGGUAGAGAGAUAAGCUAUUCUCACUAUUCAGUCAAGUCACAAUGGCCACUGAGGCUGCUCAAGGUCAUACAGUUUCUACAGUGGUUCACAUUUUAGGAUAUGAAACAUGUUUUGUCUAUGGAGUAUUUUUCAACUUUAGUUGCAAAACCUUAAAUAUUUUACUAGUUGAAAAUGUACUGUGAUAUUUUUUGAGAUUUGUUGUAGUAAAAUAUGUCACUCAGACAUCAUAUUUAAUGUCAUGUGUCAUGUGGUUUCAUUUUACUAUGGGAGUUUCUAAUUAAUCUGUGAAAUGAUUAAAUGAAACGUAAUAUGUGUUGUUGCAAAUGAUGACUAGGGGAGACCGGGGACAAAAGUAAAAUUUUGCACAUUGAAUUUUUUUAUUACCUCCUUAUAAACUUUUGAAACAAAAGGAACUAAUGUGUGUGUUCUCUGAAGCUUUCCUAACAUAGAUGAAUUUAGUUCCACACAAAAUUACAUAUGUUUGGUAUUUGUAAAACUAAUUUUAAGGCAUCUGUGUUCCUGUUACUUGUGUCCCCGUUACCAGGGAUGAUAGUAACACAGGUAGGUUACAAAAGUAACAUAAUAAGUUAAGCCAUAUUUUAUUACCUAAAGGACUCAUACAGUAACUUAAAGUACAUUACCAUUACAAAACAUUAAUUAAACAUCAAUAAACUUCAAUUCUCAUUCAUUUACAAUUAUUAUAUUAAUUAAAAUAGCAAUUAAUAGCACUGAAUGAAUGCAGGCUUUAUGAGUAAAUGUUCAGUGAGUCAGUAAAAGAGAAAAGUAAUGCAUAUCUUAGUCCUAUUCAGAUUCACAAUUGUGGCACACGUAAAUAUUUCCCCCCUUUGGCACAAGCAACACGAGGCCAACCCUUACAUUCCCAACACUGAAUCCACUUCUCUUUGCGACAACUGUGAUGGAAAGACUCGACACAUACAAGGCAGUAGCUAUCAUUGUCUUCCGAUGAUGAUUCUUCAGGUUUUUUCUGUUUUUGCACUCUUGGCUGGCUGCUUUUUAAAUUUGGCUUCUUUUCCGCUUUUUUCACCCGGGAUGGGCCUUUAGUUCUUCUUCUAUAGCCAGUUUCUCUGGAAUGUCAGUCAAAAUUGCAGACUUUCUCCCUUUUCUUCCUUCUUGCCUUGGACCUGCUUUUGGUUACAGGCAAACACCUACGGGUGAAAAGGCUGCGUGAACUGAAAAAGAUGGUUGUAAACCACUAGGUCCUGCAUCACAGGCUGACAUGUGAAAGUGUUUUCUUGCAUAUUGCUACUGGAUCUGGAUUAGAUGUCCUUCCAGCUUCAGAUGGGUCACUAGAAAACGCUAAUGGUUCUGCUAAGGACAUAGUUUGCUUCCCAUAAUUGGAAGCUUGUGCUGGGCGAUCAGUGACAGAAGAUGGUGCAAAAUUGAUUUCACUGAACACAUUCCUAUUAAAUGGUACUAUGCCUGUGCAGUGAAACCAUGCUGCAAUGUUUUUGGGAGUUACAGCAAGUGGAAGUGCUUCCCUUACAAUUGAAGGGAUGUCAUAAAUUGACAUGGUCUUUCCUGGAUGAUUCUUGAUCCAGUUGUCAGCAAAAGCAUUCACCAUCUUUUUGAACAGACCAUAAACUGAAUGGUCUAGAGGCUGCAUCCUGUGUGUAUAGUGCAGUGGGAAUGACAGCAUAACAAUCCCCUUGCUUUUGCAAAAAUUCAGGCUUCUGAUGGAUGUAUGAGAUUUGUGAUUGUCGAGAAGCAGAAAACGUUUGUGCUCAGGAGUUGUUUUAGCAAAUUUUAUGAAAUGACGCAAGAAUAACAAAAGUUAUUCCUCUUGCAUCCAUCCACUCGCAUUUCCUGCUCCAAUGCAACCAAUAAGACUGUCUCGAAUAAAAUGGCCAUGAUACCUCAAGUGAGGGAAUACAAAGAGAGAUGGUGUGCUGUUACCCUGAGCGUUGAUGGCAAUAGCAACAGUGACAAGAGUGCCUCUUUCAGCCAAUGUGAUAGCUCCUACCUGCUUUAUUCCCCAUUUAGCAACAAUCCUGUUUGAUUUCUAAACAGUGGUGACAUCUGUCUCGUCCAUAUUCAAGAUGUCCAUGGUCUCUAAAUUAUAUCUCUCCAUAACGCUAGCCAGGUUGUUGAAAAAGGCAGCCACAUUUGUUGGAUUAAAGCUCAUUGCUCGAGCAAGACUUGUGGGUUGAGGCAACCGAAUAGAAAACUGGGGAUUCCUCUUCAUGAAUGCUGAAAAUCAGUCUGGACCAACAGUUUGAUUGUCCACCCAAGUUGAUGGAACUGGUAUAUUGCUUGUCGAUGCCAGUUCGUGAGCUAAUUUAUGGAUAUCUUUAGGGCAAAGUCCAUAAAAUAUCUCUGACACUUUAAUCACAUAUUCAGUUAUAAUUUUUUCUUGCUCAUCAGAGAACACUCAUUUUACACUUCUAUAUCAAACACGAGGCAUUGGUGUCCUGCUAUCAGGAAUACGUUUCUCUUUCUUUUUAAUGUACCAAUGCAAUGUCACAUGGCAUACAUUGUGUUUCUUUGUUGCUGCUCUAUUACUUAUAAUAUAAUUUGCAACAUAAUCUGCCACAGUUUGAUGUACAGUAGUAGGAGUUAGUCCUCUGUAGUCGUCCUAACCCGUGUUAGUUGCAUAAUUCCCUGUAACGAAAUAACUAAGUAAAUAAUCAGUCUGUUCAGUAAUAACGAGUUUGUUCAGCAAGACACUGCUACUCCUGACAGUAUCAUACCUAAUUUACUGUUUGCUAAGAGGAGAGGGGGGGGGGGGGCAA